CCAAUAAAAACAGGACAGCAGAACACACAUACCAAAGUCAGUACUGAGCACAACAAGGAAUGUCUAAUCAAUAUUUCCAAAUACAAGUUUUCUUUGGUUAUAAGCGGCCUCACUACUAUCUUAAAGAAUGUUAACAAUAUGAGAAUAUUUGGAGAAGCUGCUGAAAAAAAUUUAUAUCUCUCUCAGUUGAUUAUUUUGGAUACACUGGAAAAAUGCCUUGCUGGGCAACCAAAGGACACAAUGAGAUUAGAUGAAACGAUGCUGGUCAAACAGUUGCUGCCAGAAAUCUGCCAUUUUCUUCACACCUGUCGUGAAGGAAACCAGCAUGCAGCUGAACUUCGGAAUUCUGCCUCUGGGGUUUUAUUUUCUCUCAGCUGCAACAACUUCAAUGCAGUCUUUAGUCGCAUUUCUACCAGGUUACAGGAAUUAACUGUUUGUUCAGAAGACAAUGUUGAUGUUCAUGAUAUAGAAUUGUUACAGUAUAUCAAUGUGGAUUGUGCAAAAUUAAAACGACUCCUGAAGGAAACAGCAUUUAAAUUUAAAGCCCUAAAGAAGGUUGCACAGUUAGCAGUUAUAAAUAGCCUGGAAAAGGCAUUUUGGAACUGGGUAGAAAAUUAUCCAGAUGAAUUUACAAAACUCUACCAGAUCCCACAGACUGAUAUGGCUGAAUGUGCAGAAAAGCUGUUUGACUUGGUGGAUGGUUUUGCUGAAAGCACCAAACGUAAAGCAGCAGUUUGGCCACUGCAAAUCAUUCUCCUUAUCUUGUGUCCAGAAAUAAUCCAGGAUAUAUCCAAGGAUGUGGUUGAUGAAAACAACAUGAAUAAGAAGUUAUUUCUGGACAGUCUACGCAAAGCUCUUGCUGGCCAUGGAGGAAGUAGGCAGCUGACAGAAAGUGCUGCAAUUGCCUGUGUCAAACUGUGUAAAGCAAGUACUUACAUCAAUUGGGAAGAUAACUCUGUCAUUUUCCUACUUGUUCAGUCCAUGGUGGUUGAUCUUAAGAACCUGCUUUUUAAUCCAAGUAAGCCAUUCUCAAGAGGCAGUCAGCCUGCAGAUGUGGAUCUAAUGAUUGACUGCCUUGUUUCUUGCUUUCGUAUAAGUCCUCACAACAACCAACACUUUAAGAUCUGCCUGGCUCAGAACUCGCCUUCUACAUUUCACUACGUGCUGGUAAAUUCACUGCAUCGAAUCAUCACCAAUUCGGCAUUGGAUUGGUGGCCUAAGAUUGAUGCUGUGUAUUGUCACUCGGUUGAACUUCGAAAUAUGUUUGGUGAAACACUUCAUAAAGCAGUGCAAGGUUGUGGAGCACACCCAGCAAUACGAAUGGCACAGACUCUUACAUUUAAAGAAAAAGUAACAAGCCUGAAAUUUAAAGAAAAACCUACAGACCUGGAGACAAGAAGCUAUAAGUAUCUUCUUUUGUCCAUGGUGAAACUAAUUCAUGCAGAUCCAAAGCUCUUGCUUUGUAAUCCAAGAAAACAGGGGCCCGAAACCCAAGGCAGUACAGCGGAGUUAAUUACAGGGCUCGUCCAACUGGUCCCUCAGUCACACAUGCCAGAGAUUGCGCAGGAAGCAAUGGAGGCUCUGCUGGUUCUUCAUCAGUUAGAUAGCAUUGAUUUGUGGAAUCCUGAUGCUCCUGUAGAAACAUUUUGGGAGAUUAGCUCACAAAUGCUUUUUUACAUCUGCAAGAAAUUAACUAGUCAUCAAAUGCUUAGUAGCACAGAAAUUCUCAAGUGGUUGCGGGAAAUUUUGAUCUGCAGGAAUAAAUUUCUUCUUAAAAAUAAGCAGGCAGAUAGAAGUUCCUGUCACUUUCUCCUUUUUUAUGGGGUAGGAUGUGAUAUUCCUUCUAGUGGAAAUACCAGUCAAAUGUCCAUGGAUCAUGAAGAAUUACUACGUACUCCUGGAGCCUCUCUCCGGAAGGGAAAAGGGAACUCCUCUAUGGAUAGUGCAGCAGGAUGCAGCGGAACCCCCCCGAUUUGCCGACAAGCCCAGACCAAACUAGAAGUGGCCCUGUACAUGUUUCUGUGGAACCCUGACACUGAAGCUGUUCUGGUUGCCAUGUCCUGUUUCCGCCACCUCUGUGAGGAAGCAGAUAUCCGGUGUGGGGUGGAUGAAGUGUCAGUGCAUAACCUCUUGCCCAACUAUAACACAUUCAUGGAGUUUGCCUCUGUCAGCAAUAUGAUGUCAACAGGAAGAGCAGCACUUCAGAAAAGAGUGAUGGCACUGCUGAGGCGCAUUGAGCAUCCCACUGCAGGAAACACUGAGGCUUGGGAAGAUACACAUGCAAAAUGGGAACAAGCAACAAAACUAAUCCUUAACUAUCCAAAAGCCAAAAUGGAAGAUGGCCAGGCUGCUGAAAGCCUUCACAAGACCAUUGUUAAGAGGCGAAUGUCCCAUGUGAGUGGAGGAGGAUCCAUAGAUUUGUCUGACACAGACUCCCUACAGGAAUGGAUCAACAUGACUGGCUUCCUUUGUGCCCUUGGGGGAGUGUGCCUCCAGCAGAGAAGCAAUUCUGGCCUGGCAACCUAUAGCCCACCCAUGGGUCCAGUCAAUGAACGUAAGGGUUCCAUGAUUUCAGUGAUGUCCUCAGAGGGAAACGCCGAUACACCUGUCAGCAAAUUUAUGGAUCGGCUCUUGUCCUUAAUGGUGUGUAACCAUGAGAAAGUGGGACUUCAAAUACGGACCAAUGUUAAGGAUCUGGUGGGUCUAGAAUUGAGUCCUGCUCUGUAUCCAAUGCUAUUUAACAAAUUGAAGAAUACCAUCAGCAAGUUUUUUGACUCCCAAGGACAGGUUUUAUUGACUGAUACCAAUACUCAAUUUGUAGAACAAACCAUAGCUAUAAUGAAGAACUUGCUAGAUAAUCAUACCGAAGGCAGCUCUGAACAUCUGGGGCAAGCUAGCAUUGAAACAAUGAUGUUAAAUCUGGUCAGGUAUGUUCGUGUGCUUGGGAAUAUGGUCCAUGCGAUUCAAAUAAAAACGAAACUGUGUCAAUUAGUUGAAGUAAUGAUGGCAAGGAGAGAUGACCUCUCAUUUUGCCAAGAGAUGAAAUUUAGGAAUAAGAUGGUAGAAUACCUGACAGACUGGGUUAUGGGAACAUCAAACCAAGCAGCGGAUGAUGAUGUAAAAUGUCUUACAAGAGAUUUGGACCAGGCAAGCAUGGAAGCAGUAGUUUCACUUCUAGCUGGUCUCCCUCUGCAGCCUGAAGAAGGAGAUGGUGUGGAAUUGAUGGAAGCCAAAUCACAGUUAUUUCUUAAAUACUUCACAUUAUUUAUGAACCUUUUGAAUGACUGCAGUGAAGUUGAAGAUGAAAAUGCACAAACAGGUGGCAGGAAACGUGGCAUGUCUCGGAGGCUGGCAUCACUGAGGCACUGUACAGUCCUUGCAAUGUCAAACUUACUCAAUGCCAACGUAGACAGUGGUCUCAUGCACUCCAUAGGCUUAGGUUACCACAAGGAUCUCCAGACAAGAGCUACAUUUAUGGAAGUUCUGACAAAAAUCCUUCAACAAGGCACAGAAUUUGACACACUUGCAGAAACGGUAUUGGCUGAUCGGUUUGAGAGAUUGGUGGAACUGGUCACAAUGAUGGGUGAUCAAGGAGAACUCCCUAUAGCGAUGGCUCUGGCCAAUGUGGUUCCUUGUUCUCAGUGGGAUGAACUAGCUCGAGUUCUGGUUACUCUGUUUGAUUCUCGGCAUUUACUCUACCAACUGCUCUGGAACAUGUUUUCUAAAGAAGUAGAAUUGGCAGACUCCAUGCAGACUCUUUUCCGAGGCAACAGCUUGGCCAGUAAAAUAAUGACGUUCUGUUUCAAGGUAUAUGGUGCUACCUAUCUACAGAAACUUCUGGAUCCUUUAUUACGAAUUGUGAUCACAUCCUCUGAUUGGCAACAUGUUAGCUUUGAAGUGGAUCCUACCAGGUUAGAACCAUCAGAGAGCCUUGAGGAAAACCAGCGGAACCUCCUUCAGAUGACUGAAAAGUUCUUCCAUGCCAUCAUCAGUUCCUCCUCAGAAUUCCCCCCUCAACUUCGAAGUGUGUGCCACUGUUUAUACCAGGUGGUUAGCCAGCGUUUCCCUCAGAACAGCAUCGGCGCAGUAGGAAGUGCCAUGUUCCUCAGAUUUAUCAAUCCUGCCAUUGUCUCACCGUAUGAAGCAGGGAUUUUAGAUAAAAAGCCACCACCUAGAAUCGAAAGGGGCUUGAAGUUAAUGUCAAAGAUACUUCAGAGUAUCGCCAAUCAUGUUCUCUUCACAAAAGAAGAACAUAUGCGGCCUUUCAAUGAUUUUGUGAAAACCAACUUUGAUGCAGCACGAAGGUUUUUUCUUGAUAUAGCAUCUGAUUGUCCUACAAGUGAUGCAGUAAAUCAUAGUCUUUCCUUCAUCAGUGACGGCAAUGUGCUUGCUUUACAUCGUCUACUGUGGAACAAUCAGGAGAAAAUUGGCCAGUAUCUUUCCAGCAACAGGGAUCAUAAAGCUGUUGGAAGACGACCUUUUGAUAAGAUGGCAACACUUCUUGCGUACCUGGGUCCUCCAGAGCACAAACCUGUGGCAGAUACACACUGGUCCAGCCUUAACCUUACCAGUUCAAAGUUUGAGGAAUUUAUGACUAGGCAUCAGGUACAUGAAAAAGAAGAAUUCAAGGCUUUGAAAACGUUAAGUAUUUUCUACCAAGCUGGGACUUCCAAAUCUGGGAAUCCUAUUUUUUAUUAUGUUGCACGGAGGUUCAAAACUGGUCAAAUCAAUGGUGAUUUGCUGAUAUACCAUGUCUUACUGACUUUAAAGCCAUAUUAUGCAAAGCCAUAUGAAAUUGUAGUGGACCUUACCCAUACCGGGCCUAGCAAUCGCUUUAAAACAGACUUUCUUUCUAAGUGGUUUGUUGUUUUUCCUGGCUUUGCUUACGACAACGUCUCCGCAGUCUAUAUCUAUAAUUGUAACUCCUGGGUCAGGGAGUACACCAAGUAUCAUGAGCGGCUGCUAACUGGCCUCAAAGGUAGCAAAAGGCUUGUUUUCAUAGACUGUCCUGGGAAACUGGCUGAGCACAUAGAGCACGAACAACAGAAACUACCUGCUGCCACUUUGGCUUUAGAAGAGGACCUGAAGGUAUUCCACAAUGCUCUCAAGCUAGCUCACAAAGAUACCAAAGUUUCUAUUAAAGUUGGUUCUACUGCUGUCCAAGUAACCUCAGCAGAGCGAACAAAAGUCCUAGGACAAUCAGUCUUUUUAAAUGACAUCUAUUAUGCUUCAGAAAUUGAAGAAAUCUGCCUAGUAGAUGAGAACCAGUUCACCUUAACCAUUGCAAACCAGGGCACGCCGCUCACCUUCAUGCACCAGGAGUGUGAAGCCAUUGUCCAGUCUAUCAUUCAUAUCCGGACCCGCUGGGAGCUGUCACAGCCCGACUCUAUCCCCCAACACACCAAGAUUCGGCCAAAAGAUGUCCCUGGGACACUGCUCAAUAUCGCAUUACUUAAUUUAGGCAGUUCUGACCCGAGUUUACGGUCAGCUGCCUAUAAUCUUCUGUGUGCCUUAACUUGUACCUUUAAUUUAAAAAUCGAGGGCCAGUUACUAGAGACAUCAGGUUUAUGUAUCCCUGCCAACAACACCCUCUUUAUUGUCUCUAUUAGUAAGACACUGGCAGCCAAUGAGCCACACCUCACGUUAGAAUUUUUGGAAGAGUGUAUUUCUGGAUUUAGCAAAUCUAGUAUUGAAUUGAAACAUCUUUGUUUGGAAUAUAUGACUCCAUGGCUGUCAAAUCUAGUUCGUUUUUGCAAGCAUAAUGAUGAUGCCAAACGACAAAGAGUUACUGCUAUUCUUGACAAGCUGAUAACAAUGACCAUCAAUGAAAAACAGAUGUACCCAUCUAUUCAAGCAAAAAUAUGGGGAAGCCUUGGGCAGAUUACAGAUCUGCUUGAUGUUGUACUAGACAGUUUCAUCAAAACCAGUGCAACAGGUGGCUUGGGAUCAAUAAAAGCUGAGGUGAUGGCAGAUACUGCUGUAGCUUUGGCUUCUGGAAAUGUGAAAUUGGUUUCAAGCAAGGUUAUUGGAAGGAUGUGCAAAAUAAUUGACAAGACAUGCUUAUCUCCAACUCCUACUUUAGAACAACAUCUUAUGUGGGAUGAUAUUGCUAUUUUAGCACGCUACAUGCUGAUGCUGUCCUUCAACAAUUCCCUUGAUGUGGCAGCUCAUCUUCCCUACCUCUUCCACGUUGUUACUUUCUUAGUAGCCACAGGUCCGCUCUCCCUUAGAGCUUCCACACAUGGACUGGUCAUUAAUAUCAUUCACUCUCUGUGUACUUGUUCACAGCUUCAUUUUAGUGAAGAGACCAAGCAAGUUUUGAGGCUCAGUCUGACAGAAUUCUCAUUACCCAAAUUUUACUUGCUGUUUGGCAUUAGCAAAGUCAAGUCAGCUGCUGUCAUUGCCUUCCGUUCCAGUUACCGGGACAGGUCAUUCUCUCCUGGCUCCUAUGAGAGAGAGACUUUUGCUUUGACAUCCUUGGAAACAGUCACAGAAGCUUUGUUGGAGAUCAUGGAGGCAUGCAUGAGAGAUAUUCCAACAUGCAAGUGGCUGGACCAGUGGACAGAACUAGCUCAAAGAUUUGCAUUCCAAUAUAAUCCAUCCCUGCAACCAAGAGCUCUUGUUGUCUUUGGGUGUAUUAGCAAACGAGUGUCUCAUGGGCAGAUAAAGCAGAUUAUCCGUAUUCUUAGCAAGGCACUUGAGAGUUGCUUAAAAGGACCUGAUACUUACAACAGUCAAGUUCUGAUAGAAGCUACAGUAAUAGCGUUAACCAAAUUACAGCCACUUCUUAAUAAGGACUCACCUCUGCACAAAGCCCUCUUUUGGGUAGCUGUGGCUGUGCUGCAGCUUGAUGAAGUCAACUUGUAUUCAGCAGGCACCGCACUUCUUGAACAAAACCUGCAUACUUUAGAUAGUCUCCGUAUAUUCAAUGACAAGAGUCCAGAGGAAGUAUUUAUGGCAAUCCGGAAUCCUCUGGAGUGGCACUGCAAGCAAAUGGAUCAUUUUGUUGGACUCAAUUUCAACUCUAACUUUAACUUUGCAUUGGUUGGACACCUUUUAAAAGGGUACAGGCAUCCUUCACCUGCCAUUGUUGCAAGAACAGUCAGAAUUUUACAUACACUACUAACUCUGGUUAACAAACACAGAAAUUGUGACAAAUUUGAAGUGAAUACACAGAGCGUGGCCUACUUAGCAGCUUUACUUACAGUGUCUGAAGAAGUUCGAAGUCGCUGCAGCCUAAAACAUAGAAAGUCACUUCUUCUUACUGAUAUUUCAAUGGAAAAUGUUCCUAUGGAUACAUAUCCCAUUCAUCAUGGUGAUCCUACCUAUAGGACACUAAAGGAGACUCAGCCAUGGUCCUCUCCCAAAGGUUCUGAAGGAUACCUUGCAGCCACCUAUCCAACUGUCGGCCAGACCAGUCCCCGAGCCAGGAAAUCCAUGAGCUUGGACAUGGGGCAGCCUUCUCAGGCCAACACUAAGAAGUUGCUUGGAACAAGGAAAAGUUUUGAUCACCUGAUAUCAGACACAAAGGCUCCUAAAAGGCAAGAAAUGGAAUCAGGGAUCACAACACCCCCCAAAAUGAGGAGAGUAGCAGAAACUGAUUAUGAAAUGGAAACUCAGAGGAUUUCCUCAUCACAACAGCACCCACAUUUACGUAAGGUUUCGGUGUCUGAAUCAAAUGUUCUCUUGGAUGAAGAAGUACUUACUGAUCCAAAAAUCCAGGCGCUGCUUCUUACUGUUCUAGCUACACUGGUAAAAUAUACCACAGAUGAGUUUGAUCAACGAAUUCUUUAUGAAUACUUAGCAGAGGCCAGUGUUGUGUUUCCCAAAGUAUUUCCUGUUGUGCAUAAUUUGUUGGACUCUAAGAUCAACACCCUGUUAUCACUGUGCCAAGAUCCAAAUCUGUUAAAUCCAAUCCAUGGAAUUGUGCAGAGUGUGGUGUACCAUGAAGAAUCCCCACCACAAUACCAAACAUCUUACCUGCAAAGUUUUGGUUUUAAUGGCUUGUGGCGGUUUGCAGGACCCUUUUCAAAGCAAACACAAAUUCCAGACUAUGCUGAGCUUAUUGUUAAGUUUCUUGAUGCCUUGAUUGACACGUACCUGCCCGGAAUUGAUGAAGAAACCAGUGAGGAAUCCCUCCUGACACCCACAUCUCCUUACCCUCCUGCACUGCAGAGCCAGCUUAGUAUCACUGCCAACCUUAACCUCUCUAAUUCCAUGACCUCACUUGCAACUUCCCAGCAUUCCCCAGGAAUCGACAAGGAGAACGUUGAACUCUCCCCUACCACUGGCCACUGUAACAGUGGACGAACUCGCCACGGAUCCGCAAGCCAAGUGCAGAAGCAAAGAAGUGCUGGCAGUUUCAAACCACUGCUCAGCACGCAGGCAUGUGAGGGGGCUGGGCUGAAACGAGACUGCAGCAAAUGGAGAGACAGACCACAGUCCUGAGUUGGAAAGCUGAAUUUUGUUGAAUGCCAGAUCUUCCAAAAUAAAUGAACUGGUUUAAUACAAUUCUGAUCAAGAUGCCAACAAGAAGAGAGUGUAUCCAGACAAAAUGAUCUUUGGAAAAUAUUCUUCACCUUGUGGAAUAAACAGGAAAGCAUGGCUAACAACGGGUAGUCGAAAACUUUCCUUACUAGAUAGUAAAACAAAUUUUUAAAUGCUUAAAUACUAAUGGUAAUUAGAGUAUAUAGAGUGGAACAGGCUAGAAGGUCCAGAUUAUGCUUUGAUUUUUUUAUUUAAAAAGAAAAGCAUGAGUAAUUCCAAAAGUGUAUUGGCUUCAAAGCCACAAAAGCUUAUUUCUCACCUCUGCUACAUGUCCAUCACCUGUUAUCAGGAGGCUCUGCUCACCCUGAUUUCCUGGGACUCCAGACUGAGUGAUCAGCCAUAUCUGAUCACUCACUCACUUGAUCUACAGAUUGCCAGCCAUCAUGCCAGAGGGAAGGAGCUCAGGCUACACUGUCCAGCCACUGUGAUGAUGGAAAUGUUCUGCUGGAAGCUGAAACAGAGGGGUUCCAUUUUCAUUUGUCACAUUAGCAAAGAUAUACUUAAUAUUGGUGCAAGUCCAGAGUGUGGUGCAAUGAGUUCUUCCUGCACUUGGCCUCAUCUUUCUGUAUUACCAGUUCCAUAUCUGCACUGUCCAGGACAGUGGCCACUAGCCACAUGUGGCCACUGAACACCUGAAAUGUGGUUAGUGAGAAUGGGGAACUAAACUUUUAUAUUAAUUAAAUGUGAAUAGUUAACAUUUGGCUACUGACUGCUAGACUGGACAGAGCAGCAUCUGGAAGCUCUUGCAUCAGCAAUUAAAGGCUUGAGGCCAGAUGUACAGUCACUUCUCACAGUCACUGCCAGAACUUGACACACGGCUUCACAAAGUCACAAGGGUCAAAAAUCAGCAUCUUCCUCUGUCCAAAAGGAAAAGAGCUGGAAACGUUGGCCAAGAACAUUAAUGACUCCUACAACUGGGAAGGACUUUGUAAGCUUAAAAGCAGUGUAAGUGCUGGGUGCAGUGGCUCAUGCCUGUAAUCCUAGCACUUUAGGAGACCGAGGCGGGUGGAUUGCCUUAGCUCAGGAGUUCAAGACCAGCCUGGGCAAUAUGGGCCUGUC